CGGUCUCACCCCUUGUCACCGGAAGUUAGCGCACCAACUGGCAUCCUGGGCCACAACACGUGAGAAAACAAGGCGAAACAUACACCUUGUAACAAGAUGGACAUUACAGAGGUUCCUACGAAUCAGCACGGGAAAUGUAAGAAAAAGAAGAAGGCAAAGAAUAAGAGUGACAGUAAGGAGGGGAGCGGUGAAGGCAGCGGAGUGGAGAAGAUGGAGGACAGCGUGGCAGCGUCCUCUUUCCCCCCCACCUUCAGUGUGUCCGAAAUCAAGAAUAAACAGCGGAGACACCUCAUGUUUAUGAAACUCAAGCAGGAGAAAAGAAAGCAAAAGUUGCAGCUGAAGAAGAAAAAGAAGAAAGAAAGGAAAGCUUUAGGAGACAAGGCACCACCAAAGGAGGUCCCCAAGACGAUAGAAAACCAGAGGGUGUAUGAUGAGACCACAGUCAAUCCAGAAGAUGAAGAGGUUGCAUUUGACGAGGGAACUGAUGAAUUUUCUGCCUACUUCAACGGGCUGACGAAUCCCAAAGUGCUCAUCACCACAUCAGACAGGCCCAGAGGGAGGACGGUGAAGUUUUGUGAACAGCUGGCCACAGUAAUCCCAAAUGCCCACGUCUACUACAGAAGAGGUUUGGCCCUGAAGAAGAUCAUUCCCCAGUGCAUCGCCAGGAACUUCACCUACCUCAUGGUCAUCAAUCAGGACCGUCAGUUGGCCAAUGGUAUGGUUCUCUGCCACCUUCCUGACGGACCAACUGCACACUUCAAAAUGAGCAGUGUUCGACUACGCAAGGAGAUGAAGAGACGAGGUAAAGAUCCAACCGAACACUCUCCAGAGGUGAUCCUCAAUAACUUCACCACUCGUCUGGGACACACCAUCGGCCGACUGUUUGCUGCUCUGUUCCCACAAGACCCUCAGUUUAUUGGUCGACAGGUCGCAACUUUCCACAACCAGAGAGACUUCAUCUUCUUCAGGUUCCACAGAUACAUCUUCAAAAAUGAGAAGAAAGUUGGAAUUCAGGAGAUGGGACCUCGCUUCACCCUCAAACUUCGCUCUCUACAGAAAGGCACCUUCGAUUCAAAGUUUGGAGAGUAUGAGUGGGUGCUGAAGCGUCAUGAGAUGGACGCCUGCAGACGGAAAUUCCAGCUUUGAACCUUCCCUUCAGGAUGUCUACUCUCCGAGAUUCUACAGCUGUUUCUAAACUUGCACAAAUUGACUUUCAAACAGAUGCUGCAGAUUCUUUGAAGACGACCAGUGGCAACUGUUAAACCCAAUUAGAUACGAGUGGAUUAUAGAUGAGACUGUGUUGCGGUAGUCAGCUUUCCUCAUAUAAAUCUACUAUGCUCGUCUAUCUCCACUAGAUCUUGUUUAGGGACAUAUCAGUGCUGGGUUCAACUUAAGAGCUCCUAUAGAUGGAGAUGUCACUCACAGCAGGGUCCUAACAACCUUAAAACUGUCCCAUGUGUUAAGUCAGAGUUGUAUUGGCUAAAAUAAUAUGUUAAAUCCUGGUCUGUGAAAAUGAUAAAUGCAGCAGUGAAUGAAAUUUAACACACAUUUUCUUGUCUGGGGGAACAGUUCAAUUUAACUGUCCAGUGCCGCUUCUUCUGUCUGCAAGAGGAUCCUUUGAAUAAUUCAGAUUUUUUUUUUAAGGUGUAUGUUCUAAUACAACAUGUAGCUGCAAUUUUAAAAUGUGGAAAUGUCAUUUAUUCUUAAUCAGUCACAUAAAAUGUACAUAACAAAAGGCA